AUGAUGACCAUCGUCACAGUCACUCUAUCUGCUGUGAGGAGGGCAAACCCACUGUGCUGUGAGGGGCAGAAUACAUGCUUCACACACAAUCUACAUUAUCUUCAGUCUGCAUGCUGAAACAUCCCAGAAAAAAAACACAGAAACAACUAAAUGAUCCCCCUUUGUUCCUGAUAUCUGUUUCACUGACUUGAGUAUCAGGAGGCUGAGCAAACAGGAAGAUGGAGACGGAUCCGAAGGAAGGAGCAGAAGGAGCAGAAGGAGCAGAAGGAGCAGAAGCUGCGGCCCAGACACCAGAGCUACCUGAUCUCAAGAGUCUAGACACGUCGGGUUUUGAAGUCACUGCAGAGCGUCUGGAGCAGCUGAUGAAGAGCAUGGGGGUCCUGCUGUCGGACGUGGAGCAGCUGAGGAGCCACUGCAGCCACCAGGCCACCGAACUGCUGCAAGCGGCGGUGGACCUGAGGCAGCAGCAGGAGGAGCUCAAAGAGAGCUACGCCGACCUGUCCAGAGAAAUGCAGGAGAUCAUGGAUACAGUGGACGACCUGUUCAGCACCAAGAGUGCCUUUGAAACCAAAGAGAAGCAAGCACAGAAGCUAAACAGGCAGCUCUGAAGGGACCAAACUUGACUGGAGAACUCUGAGAGAGGAGAAAAACAAGGCUGUGUGGGGUGCUGGUUUUAGAUUUGCAGAUGCAAUUUGGAAGGCUUUGGUGAUGUGGUGAGAUGCUGAGGUUUGGCACAAUGCUUUAAUGAGGUGUUUGAAUGGUAUUUUAUUGAGUUUUUGUUGUGCAGAGUGCUUUUUUUUAGAUCUAUAUGUGGCAAUCACAAUCACUGAAAAGGAUUUUGUAAUAUUGUUGAAUUGCUAUUAAGAAACUUAGUUAAGUAAUUAUCAUGCAAUGGAAAAUGCAACUCCCAGAAAUAACCUUUAAGAAUGAAUCCUCACCUGGCUGUCAUAGAUUUAAUAAAAAUGAAACAUUCUGAACAUAAAGGUAUAAUUUGUUGAUUUUUUUUGUGUGAUUUGUUGCCGUGUGCUCCUGUGUUAAAGGUGAUGGCAGACCCCUCCAGAUGUCUACUCCGUGCUGUGUGUCAACUAAAGAUUUACUUCUGCUGUCUUCAUUUUUUACUUCCUACCCACACACUAACAUAAGCACAAACACUCUCAUGCAUCAGUUAUUUUUUCUGUCACUCAGGCAUUGUGUGUUGAUAGUAAGUAUAUAUUUUUACUCUUGUCAGCCAGGUCGGCUCCUCCGACGUGCAGAAAGUUUGGCACAGGAAUGUUGCUCCUCACCGAUUCUUUCAUAUUCUCUUCCCAUCCAGGACAUGCUCCACUGCGGUUUCACACUAAAAUAAGACUUAAAGCGAUGUUUAUGUUCCACCAGCCCCCGUUCUGUGCCUUAUUGGUCUGUAUUUAGUGGUUAUGGAUGUGCAAAAGGGACAAUCAGUGGUCAGUAACCUGCAAAAAAAAUCAUUCAAUGGAAAACGUAAGGUUCUCUUUCACUCUAAAUCACACUUCAGUGUAUUUUUUUAUGCAAGAUUUCAAUGAAUAUAAUGGCUUUCACAUUUCCAAUUUAUACAUGAAAUAAAUAAACGAUGUAAGCUGGCAUAUGCUCUUCUAAUUUACAAUGGACCAAACGUUGAUUACACGUCAUUUCUGAAGAAAAUCCAGUGUAAUUCCUGAUAAUUCUUUAAACUGUAAAACAUUUCUGAUAAAUAUAACACGUGAUGCUAACUGCACCAUAAAUCUCGCACCCUGGGGGAACUUUCUGCUCCAAACCGAGAUCACACCUUAUAUUUAUUGUAAGAAGCUAAAAUAAGAAUCUUUAGGUCAAAGAAAGCUGUGUGUCUCAGUGUGGUUGAAAUCUGACACUUUGUGGGCUGUGAUGCUGCUGAGAAGAGAGGGUGAGAAGAUAGAAAGCUGGGUGUCAGUGAGUACUUUUCCUACUGAGGUGCACAUCCCUCUGUGCUCCUGAUUGAGUAGUCAGGGAACUCUCUUCAAGAAGUUCAACAGCUGCAGCUGGUCAGCAUGAACAUCCUGCAAGUCCUGGGACUCCUGCAGCUUCUGGCUGUACCUGCUCUUACACUGACACGACCAACCCAUGACUACUGGGGAGAGUUCGGACCCUAUGGGCCCUGCAGCCGAACCUGUGGCACAGGAGUGGCAAUGAGAGCUAGGAAAUGCAUCACCUCAAGGACAGAUGGAGGACAUAACUGCAUAGGAUCCUCCAAGUCCUUCCGAACCUGUAAUACACAUGAAUGCCCAGUUGGAUCCAGGGAUUUUCGAGAGGAGCAGUGCUCCCAGUUUGACAGAGCGGACUUUCAAUCAAAACGCCACUCAUGGGUGCCUUACUAUGGAGCUACCAAUCCUUGCGAACUCAGCUGCGUUCCAAGAGGAGAAAAUUUCUUCUACCGGCACAGACCUGCAGUGGUAGAUGGGACACCAUGCUACGUGGGCCGCACCGAUAUCUGUGUGGAUGGCGUCUGCAGGGUACUGACCCAUGGAGAGUUUAUGGGCUUGGAUGACGACGCUAACUCUGUUCACUCGGUCGCUCCUGUUGUUGUCGCCCCUCAUCCAAGAGAGACGCUCACAUACAUCUACAAAACUGGUGUUUACGGAGAGUGCUCUGCCACCUGCAAUGGAGGCAUGCAGUAUCGCAGCGUAGAGUGCUUGGUUCAGGACCACUCCAACCCCCGUGUGGUGGAAGAGACUCAUUGCAUUACCCAGCGUCUGCAGAGACCUGCAAGUCAGCAGGCCUGCAAUAUGCAUCCAUGUGCUGCAGAGUACAGCGUGUCCAGCUUCAGUGUGUGUUCAGUGACCUGUGGUGAGGGACAGCAGACGAGGGAGGUUCACUGUGUGGGACAAGGAGGUGAACGCCUGCCUGAUCAUGCCUGUAGUGGACUGGCGAGACCUCCUGCUGUCCAGGCCUGUCGUCGACCUGCCUGCCACACACACAUAACCUGGCACGUGACAGAGUAUGGACUGUGCACUAGAAGCUGUGGUGGUGGCGUGAGAGAGAGGAGGGUCGACUGCUUCGAUACAGAUUUGAACCCUUACCCAGACUCUCGUUGUGGAACAGCUAGCAGACCCAAUUCUGUGGAGACGUGCAACUCACAGCCCUGCCCUGGAGCGCAGACGGUCCCAAGUGUGCAGGACCCAAGGGCAGCUGAAAGCACCGUGAGAGGAUUUGUGCCCCAUGUUCCAGAGACAACAGUUCAAAGACCAGACCCAAAUGUGGUGUUCGAGCCCUACCCUCGUGUGGUGGGUGCUCACUGUGAGCAGUCGUUGUACGGCUGCUGCCCUGAUGGUUACACCUCUGCAACUGGACCUAGACACCAGGGCUGCUCACAAGACGACUGUGUUCGCACCAGGUUUGGUUGUUGUUUGGAUGGAGUUACACCGGCUCGUGGAUUUGGAAGAGCUGGAUGUCCUGAGUACCAGACAACCGUGGUAUCAUCUCCCCCUGUUGGUCCCCCUAUUGGUCCACCUUCUGGUAAUGUCUGCUCUUUGCCUCGUGAUGAGGGCCCCUGUGAUACCUGGAAGGUCCGGGUCUACUAUGACUCUGUUGCUGCCAAAUGCACCGAGUUCUGGUACGGAGGCUGCCACGGCAACGGCAAUAAUUUCGUGUCUCUGGAGGCAUGCCGAAGAGAGUGUGCAGGAGGGAUGAGGGAACCUGCAGUCUCACCACACAGAGACACCCCAAGACGAGGAGCACUCAGAAGCAUUCUGAGAGUGAGGGCAUAACCAUAUUCACCAACAAUACCUCCAAUAAAUGGGAUAGCUAAUGUGCCCCCUCCAUGAAACAAAAUGAUAUUUGUACACAAAUGUAGUAUAUAUAUUUGAUAUAUGAAGACACAAUCACACGUUGUAACACUAACCAUUUAAAUAUCUGACUUUACAGAAACAGUUACAAAGAUAACCAUUUAUACCUGACAUAAUCACAGCUAUUGGUUCUACUUACACUAUCUUUUUGAUCAUUGGAAUAUUCUUUGUAAAAACCAUGAUAUUCAUUUGUGUAUUUUGCCUCAUGGGCCAGGGAUAAAAUAAAACAACAUGCAGGUUU